ACAGGUCACAGGUGUGAGGUCAUGGACAAGCUGAGGAGAGUCUUGAGUGGACAGGAUGAAGAAAGCAAUGAGAGAGACGCAGAGGAGCAGGAAGACAGUGAGUCCUCUGGGAUGGACUGGGGGACCAGGAUGCGGGGUUUCUUGGUCUGUUUCAUCCUUGGAGCCUUUUUCUCUGUACUGGCCACCUUUAUGUUGUGGAUUCCAGGAUUUGGUCUAAUUGUGUUUGUUGUCUUCUACACCAUUGGAAACAUCUGUGCCCUGAGCAGCACCAUGUUCCUGGUUGGUCCGUGUCGGCAGCUGAAGUCCAUGUGCGCCAAGGAGCGAGCGCUGGCCACAACGCUGAUGUUGUCAUGUCUGGGUCUGACUCUCGCCUCUGCCUUCUGGUGGAAGAACUUCACAAUGGCUCUGAUUUUCUGUCUGCUGCAGGUUUUGGCUUUUGUCUGGUAUGGCCUCUCUUACAUCCCCUACGCCAGAGAUUGUAUUCUCAAAUGCUGUUCCAUUUUCUGCCGUUAAAACCUGUAAAUAUAUAUAUUUUUAAUUUUGUCAUUUUUUUAUUUUCACUUAAUAUAUUUGUACACAGUGAGUUUGUGUUGUGGUAAAAUAAAAUCAGAUUAGGGAGAGU